CCCGGCGGAACCGUGAUGGACAACAAGGGCCUAGACCAGGGCUCGCCGGCCGACCUGAAGUUGGUGGCGCACCCUCGCGCCAAGAGCAAGGUGUGGAAGUACUUUGGCUUCGACACGGACGCGGAGGGAUGCAUCCAGCAAUGGAAGAAGAUAUACUGUCGAAUCUGCAUGGCUCAGAUCGCGUACUCCGGCAACACCUCCAACCUGUCCUACCACUUGGAGAAGAACCACCCCGAGGAAUUCUGUGAGUUUGUCAAGAGCAACACAGAGCAGAUGCGGGAAGCCUUUGCCACUGCCUUCUCCAAGCUCAAGCCCGACGCCUCGCAGCAGGUUGUUCAGGAACCCCUGGCUGCCAAGUCGGGCCACAGCUACGAGAGCAAGAAACAGCAGGAGCUAACAGCCGCCGUGAUGGGCUUCAUCUGCGAGGGCCUCUACCCUGUGUCUGUGGUGGACGAGCCCACGUUCCGGCUCCUGCUCAAGACGGCCGAGCCUCGGUACGAGCUUCCGGGCAGGAAAUUCUUCUGCACCAAGGCCAUCCCCGAGAAGUACGGCGCUGUCCGCGAGGCUGUGCUCCGGGAGCUCGGGGACGCGCUGUGGGUGGGCGUGUCCAUGGACGUUUGGCGGAGCGGCAACCAGAACCGAGCCUACGUCACUCUGGCUGCCCACUUCCUCUCUAGCAUGCCCCCCAACUCCCUCUCACUGGGCUCCCGCUGCCUCAAGACUUUCGAGGUUCCUGAGGAGAACACGGCCGAGACCAUCACCCGGGUCCUCUAUGAGAUCUUCAUCGAGUGGGGUCUCAGCUCCAAGGUCUUCGGGGCCACCACGGACUACGGCAAGGACAUCGCCAAAGCGUGCUCAUUGCUGGACAUUCCCAUCCACAUGCCGUGCCUGGGGCAGACCUUCAACGCCGGCAUACAGCAGGCCUUUCAGCUGCCCAAGCUGGGCAGCCUGCUGUCCAGGUGCCAGAAGAUGGUGGAGUAUUUCCAGCAGUCCACGGUAGCCAUGUACAUGUUGUUCGAGAAACAGAAGCAGAAGGACAUCCCUCACGGCAUGCUGGUCAGUAACCGCGUGUCUUGGUGGGGCAGUACGCUGGCCAUGCUGAGAUGCUUGCACGAACAGCAGUUUGUCAUCACGGCCGUGCUAGUGGAAGACAGUAACAACCACCACCUAAUGCUGGAAGCUUCCGAGUGGGCCACCAUCGAAGGCCUCCUCAGUCUUCUGCAACCUUUCAAGCAGGUGGCUGAGAUGUUGUCCGCCUCCAAGUACCCCACUAUCAGCAUGGUGAAACCCCUCCUCCACAUGCUUCUCAACACCACGCUCAACAUCAAGGAGACGGAUCCCAAGGAGAUCAGGAUGGCCAAAGAAAUCAUUGCCAAGGAGCUGUCCAAGACGUAUCAGGAGGCGCCCGAGAUAGACAUGUUCCUCAACGUGGCCACCUUCCUGGACCCUCGCUACAAGAAGCUGCCCUUCCUCUCGGCGUUCGAGCGUCAGCAGGUCGAGAACAGGGUGGUGGAGGAAGCCAAGGGGCUCUUGGAUAAGGUCAAAGACAGCAGCUACCGGGCGGCGGCCGAGGACAAGAUGUAUGUGCUCCCCGAGGAACCUCCGGUGAAGAAGCUCGUGUUGCCGUCCACGCCACCGCCCACCAAUGUCAUCAACAACAUGCUGGCCGAGAUCUUCUGCCAGGCGGGGGGCGUGGAGGACCAGGAAGAGUGGCACGCUCAAGUGAUUGAGGAGCUCAGCAACUUCAAGUCCCAGAAAGUGCUGGGACUUGGCGAAGACCCCCUGAAGUGGUGGGCUGACCGCCUGGCUCUCUUCCCCUUGCUCCCCAAAGUGCUGCAGAAAUACUGGUGCGUGGCGGCCACCCGUGUCUUCCCCGAGCGCCUCUUUGGCUCCUCGGCCAACGUGGUCAGCGCCAAGCGGAACCGGCUGGCCCCCGCGCACGUGGACGAGCAGAUCUUCCUGUAUGAGAACACACGCAGUGGGACGGAAGCCGAGCUGGAAGAUGAGGACGAAGGGGAGUGGGGUCUCAACCAGGAGCAGGUCUUCCCCAUGGGGGACGCGGUUGGCGUGGGCAGCGGAUUCUUUGGGAUGCGGGAUGGAACGUUCAUUUAG